CUCACAACUCCGGUGUUGUAUACUACGACCUAUUCCUGGCCCAGCAAAAGUGGAGCCAAAAAGACAUCCGGACUACCGCACACGUUUUCGUAUUGUCCGCUUCACAGGGGUACACAGUAGAACCCCGACUCAACACCGCUCAGUCAACGACAUUCUUUGAGAGAAACGGAACUACAUCGCUAGCUCCUUACUCAAGCAACAAAUAUCGCAAACGGCGAAUCACGAAUUACGAAUUUGGCGCAUGGAGACAAUACCAACCAUCCACGACAUCACACUGCCACGGCCUUCGUUCAACUCCACAAUGCUAGUCCUACCAAAUAUGGACCCAGCUCUGCACACCAGUCGAUCGUCAUCACUGCCUCGGACCUUUCUUCGACACAUUACGCAUGCUACGACCUGGUUGUCAAUUACCCUCCUCAGGAUUGUCGGCACAGCCAUGGCCAUCCUUGUCUUGCCGCGUUUCAUCCAUAUCGGCGUGCAAUGCCUCGAUGAUUUGUUCGAAAGUUUGGGGAGGCGAUCACACUCUCCCUGGGAAACGCAAAUUCUCUGGGGUAACGGUGCUCUGGUCGGUCUUGCUGUUAUGAUUGUGGUUCAUGAUCUGCUCCGCCGUAUUAGCUAUAAUGUUAUCUUGAACGAGGACAUGGAGAUCGAGGAGGGGGGUGAGGAAACGCGUGACAACAGAACGGGUAUCCAUCAGAAAUGGACGUGGGAGAGGUUAUUGAUGCGAGUGUUGAUCCCGCUGUUGAUGUACGGGGGGCUGUACUUGAUAGGUCGGCAGCUGUGGAUAUUGCGGGCGGAGAACGGGGGGCGAUUGAUUAACGCAAACUCAGUGGACCUUGCAGAUGAUGCGGACGCGCGGUUAGUGUGGAGGGAUCGAUAGCAAACCAGCAAACAGGAAUCAAAAAAUUGUCAUUAUCAUUAUGAAGAAAUUUGUAACACAGCUUAAUCAAAGACAACGAGAAAGGGACGGCGCGCAGCGCUCACACCAUUCUCGUCGGCUGCAUUGGCUGCAUCGUGAAUUCCGACGGCUCCUCUUCGUACCGUCUCUC